UCGGCUCUUCCUCCUUUGUUCUCGCCACGCACUUCCUGUCUUCUCCUCACAGUACAUCUCUCUGUCUGAAACACUCUUAAUUCAUCGAUCUCUCAAUUCUCCUCCGAUCAUCUUCCCCCUCAGCGAUCCAAUUCAAUUCCGUCUCAGGUAAAUGGUUCAGAAGCAAGAAGAAAUGAAUGAGUGUGUUGUUACUUCUCUGAACGGUGCCAAAGUGGGAGUGUCAUCACCACCAACACCACAACCACAAGGGAAAGGAAGAAAGAACAAGAGAAAGUUAGCUGACCCUUGUUCUCAACCAAUCACUGCUGAUUCCUUAACUGAGUUCCCUCCCUAUGAGUUACAACAUUCCUUGAAAUUUCAAAACCCUUUGUCUGAAACAGAGUCUGAGUCCUUAGGAUGGGAUGAUCCCUUUGCCUGUUAUCUCGAAGAUCUUUUGUCAUCUAAUCUGUUUGCUCUCUUCCGUAACGCAAUGGAUCAGAUUGUGAGCUUUGGGUACAGAGAGGACGUUGUGCUGAAAGCCAUCUCAGGGAGUAGACUCUACUGUGGAGGGAAUGAUCUUGUUUCCAACAUUGUUAAUGAUACUUUGAGUUUCUUGAAGAGUGGGAAAAAGGUCUCUGGUUUGAGAGACUAUGUGUUUGAGGAUCUGCAGCAGCUUGUUGCUUAUACUUUGGUGGAGAAGAUAAGUCUUGUUAAAGAAGUUAGACCGUCGGUUUCGACGGUUGAAGCGAUGUGGAGGUUGUUGAUGUGUGACUUGAAUGUUUUCCAAGCUUUUGAGAUGGAAGGAGAUGGGUUGGAAGGGUCUUUAAGUUUCAAUCCAGGUGCUGAGUGUAAUCAUACAAAGUCUAGUGACUUGGAUAACACUAAUAAUAAGAGUGAGCCUGUAAAGUUUGGGAACUUCAAGAACUGUCUUGCUUCUGGUGAAGGCACUAAAACUAAAACUUUGGCUUCUACUGGUGAAAAAAUAGUAUCUGGUCGAAAAGGAAGAACCAAGAAAGAAGUGGCCAUGAUGCGGCAAAAAUCAUGUGUGGAUAAGAUUAGAACUUACAGCAAAGGGAGUGGCUAUAAGACUGCAAGGUUUGCGUCGAUGGGAGGGUUUCUUGUGGAGAAAAGAGGAAAAUCACCUUCUGAUUUGGCGAGAAACUCUUCAUCAAAGACAACAUCAGAGGCUGAGAGUAACAACAAUACUAAGUCUGAUCUGCCUUUGAUAGAUGGGAGUGGAUAUAUUACUGCCUUACCUGCUACACCAUUAGCUUUAGUGAAGAAGUCUGGUUCUUCUGAGUCUGAAGAAAAGGCAGCUCCAGAUUACUACACUGGGAUCCCUUAUGAUGUAUCUCUAGGGAUAUAUGUUCCUAGAAACAAAAGAGAUGAACUGGUGUUGAAGCUAGUUCCAAGAAUGAAAGAUCUUCAGAAUGAGCUUCAGGUUUGGACUGAUUGGGCCAAUCAGAAAGUAAAGCAGGCAACUAGCAGACUUCUCAAGGACCAACCUGAGCUUAAGGCACUAAGGAAAGAGAAAGAAGAGGCAGAAGAGUUGAGAAAAGAGAAGCAGUUACUGGAAGAGAACAAUAUGAAGAGGCGGUCUGAGAUGGAGUUUGCCUUGAAUAACAUGACUAGACAUCUCGAGAAAGCGAACAACGCAGUUCGCAGGCUGGAGAUGGAACAGUCUCUGUUGAAGAAAGAGAGGGAAGCUGCUAACAUAAGAGCUGCUGAGGCUGCUGCGAGCUGUAUAGAGGCCAAGGAGAGAGUGCAAAAGACGUUGAAGAGUACUCAGUCUUGGGAAGGGCAAAAGGUUUUGUUACAAGAAGAGCUCAAGAGUCAAAGGGACAAGGUGGCAGAGCUGCAGCAAGAAGUAUCCAAAGCCGAAAAUCGCCAUAACCGAAUUGAGGCUACUUGGAAACAAGAAAAGGCAGCAAAGGAGAAACUUGUUGCUCAAGCGGCUGCACUAGAGGAAGAGAGAGUGAAACUGGAAGAACUUGGAAAAGCAGAAGAAGAGAGAAUCAAAACAAAGGCAGAGAACGAUGUGAGAUACUACACUGAGAACAUUAAGAGACUCGAGAGCGAGAUCUCAAAGCUGAAACUCAAAUCAGAUUGUUUGAAGAUAGCUGCGUUGAAGAAAGGUAUUGAUGGAAGCAAUGGAGGUAACAAGAACGGAAUGAGUCACACCACCACCACCACAAAGGCAAACCUGAUUUGGGAGAACAAUCAUGGGACAGAGGGAAAGAUCAAAAGGGAGAGGGAAUGUGUGAUGUGUUUGUCUGAAGAGAUGAGUGUGAUUUUCUUGCCUUGUGCUCAUCAGGUUCUUUGCUCAAAAUGCAAUCAGCUUCAUGAGAAGGAAGCCAUGGAGGAUUGUCCAUCUUGUCGGGCCAAGAUCCAGAGGAGGAUCCAGGCUCGUUUUGCUCGCGGGUAAAGCUUUUUCUCUGCUCAGGUUUUCGAAUCAUUAUGGCAAUGAAGGUUUUGCUUUGGUUGUUUUCUCUUUGAAUUGCUCUUAUUACAUCAGUUACAUCUAAAUUAUACACACAUCUUGUAAAGGGUGACUUUACAUUUGCUCAUUUUCAUAUAUCCAUCAGUAAUAAAUGGGAGAGGCUCUGCCGA